ACAAUAUUCAGUUCGUUUCGAAUGGGAUCCUGAAAUAGUCACACAAUGUCUCAUGGAAGCGACGAACCCAGCGACACAUCUUCCGCCGAAUAUGAUUCGGAUGAGGAACCGAUAAUUGGCACUUUCAUAAGAAAAAACUUUAAGUCAGAUUCCCCUGUCAUGAUCUAUCCGAGCGUGGGAAAGGUCACAGCCAAUGGCAUUGUGAGCACGCCCUGUGAUGAGAACAUUGAAGAUCGCCAGCUGAAGGCAGUCCUUGUGCUUCCCGAUUUGAAGGAGCGGGCAGCCAUGUCGUCCAUGGAAGGUCUGUACGAACUGUCCCAGCGGCUGGCAGUGACUUCGCCCAGACUAAUGCCACCAAAGGGUGUGAAGGACACGAAGAAAGCAGCCGACACUGGGAUUACCUCUUUCAAUGAGGCACAGCAGUCAGAUACAGAGGAGACAGGAGAAGAGAAGCUCGAUCAGCCUGAAGAGAUAGAAAAGCUUCGAAAAGUUCCAAAAGGAAAGCAUUUCGUUCGGCUACCGAUUUACUCCAGCUGGUCCCCAACCAUGAAGCAAAAUAAACACAAGAAACUAAAGAAGAAUUGGGCCAAUGCACGUUUAGCGGCUUAUACCAAAAGUAAGCUCAAGGAACUCCACCAAGAAGCCACACACCAGAAAGUAGUCAAAUUUGUGAAGCAAAUGGUGCAGUCCGAUGUCUUCAAAGUGCUUCUGCUCCUGGGCCUGGCUUGCCUCAUUUCCAUAUUAUUUUACGGCAUAGAUGCCUCGGUGGAGGAGUCUUCUAAGCUUCUACGCCGCUAAGAUGCCUGAAAGUUGAUUUAUUUUAGUAGUUUGUGUUCAAAGUUUACACAACACUUUACACUGAUACAAAUUGAAGGCAGAGAAUCGCUCGUGAUUAUAUUUUGGCAUACAAAGAGGGCAGACCACAACAUGAUUAGCCCUGAAAUGCUCUUUAAACAGCUGUCGCUAACUGAAUUAAAUUAAAUAAUAAUGGCUCCAACAGAGCCACACCAGUCCAGCCA